ACAAGCAACCUCCCUAAUAUGCUCAAACUUUCUUACACAACACACACGCAAGACAUGAUCUACGUUAUACAUUCGGAACCCAUUACUCUCAACUCUCUACUCUCUAACACACUUUCUCCGCCAAAUCUUCUCUGCCCACUCCCUAAUUAUCACUUGUCCUAACCUACCUAAACACACUUAUUUCAUGUCCUAGUUCAUACUUUUGUUAUUACAACAUAUACAAGAUUUAUUUCUCAGUUGUAACUAACUCCUAAAAUCUUGGAGAUUUGAGAAAAGGGUUUGGAUUUUAGGGUGUGUAGAAGGUUCCGAGAUAUGGCUACUUUGACUGCUAAUUCUCUUUCUCUUCAUAUCCCUCCUAAGUUCAAACCUAAUAUUACUCAGAAAUCUCAAAGCUCUGUUUAUUACUUUACCAGAAGACCCAAGAAAUAUUCUUCUUUAUUUCCUGUUGCUAGAUUGUUUGGGCCAGCUAUAUUUGAAGCUUCAAAGCUCAAGGUUCUUUUUCUGGGAGUCGAUGAAAAGAAGCAUCCAGGGAAUCUUCCAAGAACUUAUACACUUACUCAUAGUGAUAUUACUUCUAAGCUCACCCUUGCUAUUUCUCAGACCAUUAAUAAUUCUCAGAUACAAGGGUGGUACAAUAAACUGCAAAGAGAUGAAGUGGUAGCAGAGUGGAAGAAAGUGAAAGGAAAAAUGUCGUUACAUGUUCAUUGUCACAUAAGCGGCGGUCAUUUCUUGUUAGAUCUCUUUGCGAGGCUCAGAUUUUUCAUUUUCUCGAAAGAGCUCCCUGUGGUUUUGAGGGCUUUUGUCCACGGAGAUGGGAAUUUGUUAAACAAUUACCCAGAAUUACAAGAAGCUAUGGUUUGGGUAUAUUUUCACUCAAACCUUCCAGAGUUCAACAGAGUGGAGUGCUGGGGUCCGCUCAUCGAGGCAGCUGCACCAUCUAGUGGAUUCAGAGUCAGAGCCAAUCAGAAUGAAGAGAGCCCAUCAAGUAACUGGAAUUUACCACAGCCCUGUGAGGAGGCUUGUAGUUGUUGCUUCCCACCAAUGAGUUCAAUCCCAUGGCCCCGACAACUUUCGAAUCCUGUUGAGCAGAGCAGUGAUGAGGCGAUUCAGAGCUUGCCUCAAGAACCAUAGACUAUAUUAUUUGUUCAUAUGCUUUACGAAACAUUUGGUUAUUUGUGAUUUAGAAUAUUGAUUAUUGUAAAUGUACAUAGAAACAGCCUUUUUCUUUAGCAUACAAGACAUCAUGUUAAGAAAAUAUGAGAUGGGGUUUCACA